AUGGAGCUGCGAAUUACUGUUUGUGCUUUGUGCCUUAAACAUGAUAAAGAAAAGAUAGGAUACUCCUUAGUAUUAGGCUAUAUCGGGUAUAAGCGUGUACGUUUAUACCAAUUAUCUUGGAGUAUUUUACCACUGCUGCAUUAUGUAUUGUUACUUAAUGGAAAGUUCACUCCACCAGCUUUAUCCCAAGAUGGAGAUGUUGUUAUUGGUGGGAUCUUCACUCUUCAUUACAAGGGAGCAGUUCCACAGAUAUCUUACAGCACCGGUCCAAAAAAUCCAGGAUGCGUGGGUUUCAAUUUAAGGGCUUUCCGUUGGGCACAAGGAAUGAUUUUUGCAAUAGAAGAAAUUAAUCGAAAUCCAAGCUUGCUUCCUAAUGUAACGCUGGGCUACAGGAUCCAGGACUCGUGCGCUAACCCUCCAGAGUCUCUCCGAGCAGCUCUAACUCUAGUGAACGGUGAGGAUCAAACCACUUCAAACUUCACAUGCAAGGAGGGCUCUCCCGUGGUCGCAGUUAUUGGCUGCUCGGGGUCAACUCAGUCAAUUACAAUAGCAAGGCUGCUGGGGUCUUUUGGUAUACCACAGAUAAGUUAUUUCUCAUCCUGCGCAUGCCUCAGCAACAGACAUGAAUUCCCCACAUUUUUCCGAACAAUACCUAGUGAUUAUUUCCAAAUAAAAGCUUGGGUGAAAGUUGUGAAGCAUUUUGGUUGGACUUGGAUGGGAGCUUUUGGUUCAGAUGAUGCAUAUGGUCAAUUUGGAAUCCAAUCUUUUUCGAAAGAAGUGAAGGCCAUUAAUGUCUGCAUCGCUUUUGCUGAAUACUUUCCAGCAGUUUAUACAAAGGAUAAAAUCAUUGAACAUGUAGAACUUAUUAAAAAAACAAGAGUAAAGGUGAUUCUUGUCUUUGCUACCGAGAUAGAUAUUUACAUAUUGAUAAAUGAACUCGUGGUGCAGAAUGUUACAGGGAUUGUGUGGCUGGCCAGUGAAAGUUGGGCCACUGCCGGACUUCUAUCAACCAAGGAAAAGUUUGGAACACUCGGGGGCUCAUUGGGGCUAGGAAUUCGGAGGGCUAAUAUUAAAGGAUUAAAGGACUUCCUUCUCAAGAUCCAUCCUUCCCAGUAUCCAGGAAAUGUCUAUGUGAAGGAGUUUUGGGAAGAAACAUUUCAUUGUGCUCUAAAAUCUCACGACUCCUUGGAUAAUACUCAGUCGCUGUACCCAGAGAAGAUAUGCAGUGGUUUGGAGGAUUUAAAAACUGCUCAAAACAUUUAUACAGAUGUCUCACAGUUAAGAAUAACAUACAACACAUACAAAGGGGUUUAUGCUAUUGCCCACGCUCUAAACAAAAUCUUACUCUGUGAAAACGAGAAAGGUAACAAGACAUGUCCCGACAUAGGAAAUAUUAAGCCCUGGCAGGUUACACAGAGCUUGAGGGAAGUCAAAUUUAAAACACAAACCGGAGAGGAAGUACAGUUUGAUGAAAAUGGGGACCCAUUUCCGGCUUAUGAUAUAAUUAAUUGGCAAUUAGACACAAAUGGCAACGUGCAGUACGUGGACAUAGGCUACUAUGAUGGGUCAGCACCCCCAGGACAUGAAAUUGCAAUAAAUGAGGGUGCUAUAAUCUGGAAUGGUGGUCAAAAGACAGUUAUACGGUCUGUGUGCAGUGAAAGCUGCCCACCAGGGACAAGAAAGGCAUCUCGAGAAGGAGAACCUAUCUGUUGCUUUGACUGUGUGUCGUGUGCACAAGAUGAAAUCAGUAACACAACAGAUUCAAUAGAUUGUAUACAAUGCCCAUGGGAUUACUGGCCAAACCCAAUGAAAAACACCUGCAUUCCGAAAGUGAUCGAGUUUCUUUCCUUUGGAGAAAUCAUGGGGAUUAUACUGUCUGUGCUGGGAGUUUUCGGAGCGUGCCUGACAGUAUUUGUUGCUGCUGUUUUCUUUCAUUUCAGAAGCACUCCUAUUGUACGUGCUAACAAUUCUGAAAUUAGUUUUCUGCUCUUGUUUGCAAUACUUCUCUGUUUCCUGUGUUCCCUCUUGUUUAUUGGUGAGCCAUCCCCCUGGUCCUGUAUGUUUAAACAUGCAGCAUUUGGUAUUACAUUUGUUCUUUGCAUUUCCUGUGUUUUGGGUAAAACAUUAGUGGUACUGAUGGCGUUUAAAUCGACACUUCCAGGUAACAACAUCAUGAAGUGGUUUGGUCCCAUGCAGCAAAGGUUGAGUAUAUUUUUCUUUACAUUUAUUCAAGUAUUAAUAUGUAUCUUCUGGCUUAUAAUUGCACCCCCAUUUCCACAAAAGAAUGCAAAGCUUUUUAACAGCAGAAUUAUUUUCGAGUGUGAUUUAGGGUCAGUCGUAGCGUUUUGCUGUGUUCUAGGCUAUAUUGGAAUCUUGUCUAUCUUGUGCUUCGUUUUAGCAUUUCUAGCAAGAAAGCUGCCGGACAAUUUUAAUGAGGCAAAAUACAUAACAUUUAGUAUGUUAAUAUUCUGUGCUGUGUGGAUAACAUUCAUCCCUGCUUAUGUAAGUUCCCCUGGAAAGUACACAGUGGCAGUAGAGAUAUUUGCCAUUCUGUCUUCUAGUUUCGGGGUGCUGAUAUGCAUAUUUGCUCCAAAAUGUUACAUUAUAUUGCUUAAUCCUGAGAAGAAUACAAAGAAGCACUUAAUGGGGAGGCCCAGCACAGUUGCUGGGGAUCUCGCCUCUGCCAGCUGCUGCAGUCGCCCAGUCACUGUCCUGCACUCCAAUGCCCCAUCCACUGUGCCUGGGUCCCCUGUCGCUGGGGCUCAGUCUGGGUGGGGGCACCAGACUGUGGACCAAAUCUAUCUCAAGAAGAGAAUAUAA